GGGAGGCGGCGGCGGCGCUGCGGCUGUCAUGGACUCCUGGGUCCGCUUCAGUGCUCAGAGCCAGGCCCGGGAGCGGUUGUGCAGGGCCGCCCAGUAUGCCUGUUCCCUGCUGGGCCACGCACUGCAGAAACAUGGGGCCAGCCUGGAGAUGCAAAAGCAGGUCCGCCAACUCGAGGGCCACCUGAGUCUGGGAAGGAAGCUCCUCCGCCUGGGUAACUCAGCAGAUGCCCUGGAGUCAGCAAAACGGGCUGUGCACCUCUCCGACGUGGUCUUGAGGUUCUGCAUCACUGUCAGUCACCUGAACCGAGCCCUGUAUUUCGCCUGUGACAACGUCCUGUGGGCUGGAAAGUCUGGGCUUGCUCCUCGCGUAGACCAGGAAAAGUGGGCCCAGCGUUCAUUCAGGUACUAUCUCUUCUCCCUCAUCAUGAAUUUGAGCCGUGACGCUUAUGAGAUCCGCCUGUUGAUGGAACAAGAGUCUUCAGCUUGGAUUCGGCGACAGAAGGUUUCUGGAGGAAGCGCCCCAGUAGGGAUUGAAACUGGGAGACCUGAGGGUUCAGGAACUCCAGGAGGAGGCCUGCCCCAUCUCGCUCUGAAGCUUCAGUUCCAAAUCCUGCUGCUGGCUCGGGUCCUCCGAAGUCAUCCCCCGCUUCUGCUGGACAUUGUCAGAAACGCCUGUGAUCUUUGUAUUCCACUGGACAAACUGGGCCUGUGGCGCUGUGGCCCUGGGAUUGUGGGGCUUUGUGGCCUCAUAUCCUCCAUCCUCUCUAUUCUCACCUUGAUCUGCCCUUGGCUCCGAUUGAAACCCUGAGAUUCUGGUACAUGAGUAGGAGGAAAUCUGAACUGGUGAGAUGGACUCUUAGAUCAUCCAUCCUCAGUUUUUCAGCCUCCUUUUCCCUCUGCUCCUCGAUUAAAGUUGAAAUUCAGAGAUUCAGCAGUCGAGGGAGGUACAUGGGGAGAAUGAGGUGAGGAAAUAUGGCCUAGCAUGAUUCCGAUGUUCAGAUCAUCUAGUGUUUCUUUUUUUCCUCCCCUAUUACAUUGUCUUGGCUUUUUUUUUUACGUUGUCUCUUAAGUCUGUGUAAGAGCUUCUCUGCAGCAUUCCUCCCUGUCCUAUGAAUUUGUCUAAUCAUCAGAAUUAUUCUUUUGCCAGGGGAGAUGGAAGGUGUGGUCUGUAAGGAUCUAACAACAUUCUUUGUCCUCAGCAAAGGUGGUUGUGGAAGAUUUUAUCUCCGUCAAACUCCAGAUCUUAAUUUUAAAGACUUCAUCCUAGUCAGUUCUUGAUUUUAGCAUCAAGGAGGUUUGAUGCAUCUUCCGUCUACGAGCCAACUUCUCUCAUCAACAGUCUUCUCUGCACAGCUUCAAACUUUUUGUUCCUGACUCUGUUUUCACUGCUUUCCACCUAUCCAGAAUGAUGCUGUGUCUAGCCUCUUGCUGUAAAUAUUGUACAAUGAAUCUAUGUAAAUAACUGGCCAAUAUUCAUGCCGGAGAGCAAAUGUUUCAGGUCAGAAAAUUAAAGGUCCGUUUACUCA